AUGUCAAAGGUUCUAUACAUCUUAGUUCCUUAUACCAAUGUAGUCAACGGCCCCCAUGCUCAUCACACUCACAUCGUUGUCCAAGAAAACAUUGUCGUCUUCUCAUAUAUCAUGCCAAAUCAAUACAAGAACUCAAGGAUUGAAGAUCUUGUCAACUACAUCAAAAGUUGUCCUCUUUACUAUGCAUUUCGUGAUUAUUCGGAGCCAUUCUACCUUAAGAAAGUAUACAACUACUCUAAACCUCCUGAUAAGGAAAAAUGCAGGUCUCUUCGACCCAUAUUAAGGGGUGAUUGGCAAGUGCCUUGGAAGGGACUUCUUAAGCCAUAA